AUGGUCUUGCGCACGCGACAGGGAUUUCCCACGGCCACAGAGAAAGGAGGGAUAUCCUUGGUGACAACGGAACCCGCACCGAUAGUUGAGCCCUCGCCAAUGGUCACCCCAGGCAAGAUGACAACGUUGCCGCCGAUCCAGCAAUCAUCGCCGAUGCGAAUAGGAUGGCCAAAUUCGACGAACUUGCGGCGCGACAGUACACUGACGUCAUGUCCAGCCGUGAAGAGAUUGACGUUGGGGCCCAACUGCACGCGGUCGCCGAUGAUGAUCAAGCUGGUGUCGAGGGCAGUGAAGCUGGCUUCGAUUACAAUCGCGGCCAAUGACAAUGUUACAGCCAUAGUCGGGGUUAAAUGGGGGUUCCACAAAGGUUCCCGAGCCGACUUUACCCACCACCUUCUGCAGCAGCUCGUAGCGCACGUCGGCAAUCUUCUCAUACGACACAGACUUCGCGUCGAGGUUGUUGUAGUCCUGAGUGACUCCGCGGGCCCGAUGGCGGGCUUCCAUCAACCUGGGGACGAUGGGAUUAUACCUGAAGAUGGUUAG